CGCAUUCUGCUUUUUUGUGGACGGGUGCAUUCACCAGGAACACACGUUUAUUUUAGAGUACUUUUGCGACAGGACGCGAGAAAACAGCGGAAUGGCGGCGGAACUGGAGAAACUGCCGGUGGCCACUUGGCUGAACCCGAGCUCUGAAUGUCGCGUUGUGGUGGGAGGCAACGACGGGGUUCGGCUUUAUCGCAUGAAUGCGUAUAGCGACAAGGCGGGCAGCAAAGUGCAGUUCGAUCUGGAAGCACAUCGGGUAUUGCACCAGCGGACAACAGCACUGGCAGCGUACGGACGGGAGCUGGACAUGUCAGGUGUUGUAGCGGUGGGCAGCGCAGCGGGUGAAGUGGAUCUGCACUUCUUCCCUCUGCAUGGCGACCACAGCACGCUGAACAGCCAUAUGCACGCAGCCGUAGUGGGGGUAUAUCCGAGCAGCGGGCGGGUGUGCCAGGCAUUGGCGUUCAAUCCUGGGCGCAGCGACAUUCUGGCAUGCGGAUUCGACCAUAUGGAUGGGCGCAGAAAGCCUGCACAUUUACGACAUUACGCGGACAGACGAGGUGCGGCAGAUGCUGGGCUCGCAGUCGGCGCCGUGGUCAAGCUACAGCGGCAAUGUGGAGUCAGUGUAUGACGGGUCGCACAUGUCGACACCGCUGAAUGCAGGCGGCACGAGCGACAGGUACAUUCCGGGGAUGGCGGGGCAGGAGAGGGACGGCGAGUAUGGGCCGGCGUACAGCGGGUCGGGGAUCACAUCGCUGUGCUGGACACCAGGGAUCAACAGACAGCAUUCCUGGUU